UUACAACAAAAAAAGAAAUAAUAAAACCGAAAGGAAAACGCAUUGUGGCAGCAACUACUAAUAACUAAAUAGUGUGUCAUGUAGCUGAAUGAGUGUGUGUAUGUGAGCAGCAGUGGGGCAGCAGCAAGGCAGUAAAGGAAAAGGUUGUGCAAGAAGAAGAAGAAGCAGCAACAGCGUUACAACGUACAAACAAGUGAAAAAAGUGAAAAAGCUGAGCGCCGGAGCACUAAAAAAGUAACGAAAAUAAUUUGUAGUGAGGUAAGAAAAACGUAGUGAAAAAAAGUGAAAAAUAUAGUAAAAGUGUGACAAAAAUUGUGCAAAGUGCUUAAUGCAAGCGGACGGAGUGCCGGCGAGGGAAAUUGGGGCAGCAGCAGUAACAGCAGCAGCAACAACGGCAGAGCCAGCCAGGAAUUCGAAACUUUAGGGGUGCCACAUAGAUGAUAUGUUAAACGCUAGUGGCAACAUUCAAUGGCGAUGCCAACAAGCUGAACUGAUUCCGGUAUCCUACAAAUGCAUCAGACAUAUUUUGUUAUCACACGCAGAUGGCACAUUGAAACUGCAUAACGCGACGGGAGAGCACAACAAUAACCAUUGAAAGCUAUGAAUCUGAUAAAUAUGGAUUCGGAAAAUCGGGUCGUGCUGAAUGUGGGUGGCAUUCGGCACGAAACGUAUAAGGCUACAUUGAAGAAAAUACCCGCCACAAGAUUAUCACGCCUCACCGAGGCGCUAGCCAACUAUGACCCCAUAUUGAAUGAGUAUUUCUUCGAUCGACAUCCGGGGGUCUUUGCUCAAGUACUAAACUAUUAUAGAACCGGCAAGCUGCACUAUCCAACAGACGUUUGUGGGCCAUUGUUCGAGGAGGAGCUCGAGUUCUGGGGCUUGGAUUCAAAUCAAGUAGAGCCGUGUUGUUGGAUGACAUACACACAGCACAGAGACACACAAGAGACAUUGGCGGUAUUAGAUCGUCUGGACUUAGAUACAGAAAAACCGUCCGAAGAGGAAUUAGCGCGCAAAUUCGGCUUCGAGGAGGACUACUACAAGGGCACAUUGUCGUGGUGGCAGGAAAUGAAACCGCGCAUCUGGUCGCUUUUCGAUGAGCCAUACAGUUCGAAUGCGGCCAAGACGAUCGGCGUCGUUUCGGUGUUCUUCAUUUGUGUGUCCAUAUUAUCAUUCUGCCUAAAAACACAUCCCGACAUGCGUGUGCCAUACCUCGUUAAUACAUCCGUGAAUACCGCCAACGGUAAUAUGGCCUGGUACAUCGAUAAGCCCCAAACGAAUGCGCAUAUAGCUUUCUUUUAUAUCGAAUGUGUUUGCAAUGCCUGGUUCACGUUCGAAAUACUGGUUAGAUUCAUAUCCUCGCCAAAUAAAUGUGAAUUCAUAAAGUCAUCUGUUAACAUCAUAGAUUAUAUAGCAACGCUUAGUUUUUAUAUCGAUCUUGUGCUUCAACGGUUCGCCUCUCAUCUAGAGAACGCCGAUAUUUUAGAAUUCUUUUCAAUAAUACGUAUUAUGCGUCUAUUUAAAUUGACGCGUCAUUCGUCCGGCCUUAAAAUUCUAAUACAAACGUUUCGUGCAUCGGCAAAAGAGCUCACGCUGCUGGUGUUUUUCCUCGUAUUGGGCAUUGUGAUUUUCGCAAGCCUAGUUUACUAUGCGGAACGCAUACAACCGAAUCCGCAUAAUGAUUUUAAUAGUAUCCCGUUGGGUCUGUGGUGGGCACUGGUCACUAUGACCACCGUCGGUUAUGGUGAUAUGGUGCCGAAGACCUAUAUUGGCAUGUUUGUGGGCGCAUUGUGUGCGCUCGCCGGUGUGCUAACGAUCGCACUGCCCGUACCCGUCAUUGUGAGCAACUUUGCCAUGUACUACUCGCAUACGCAAGCACGAGCCAAACUGCCGAAGAAACGGAGAAGAGUGCUUCCUGUUGAACAGCCCCGUCCACCAAGGCUGCCAGGUCAACCGGGCGGCGUCAGCGGUUGCGGUACACCCGGCUCUGGUCCGCAUUCCGGGCCCAUGGGAUCUGGCGGCACCGGUCCGCGGCGUAUGAACAAUAAAACAAAGGAUUUGGUCAGUCCGAAAUCAGGUCCUAUUGGCGCCAGCAUUGUGGCGAUGAGUCCGCGCACUAUGUUAGACUUGAAUCCAGCAUUGGCGAUGAGCAAACCGACUUUUGAAUCAAAAGGUCCACCUAUAACCAGCAAAGAUACCAAGGAUACAACAAACAUACGCAAUCCACUGGAUGCUGGUGGCAUGAAGAACUUUUUAUAGAUGUAGUAUUUGUAUAAAUAGAAAAAUAAAGAUAUUAAAAAAAAAAAAAAAAAAACAGA